UUUCCAUAUGCACCCCAGGCCAUGUGCUCUGCACUAUAAAAGGAUGAGAUGGACAUUGAGGAUGCAGUGUGCAAGCAUGGAGGUGUGUGUGACUACUCUACUGCUGCUGGUGUGUGUAGCCUGGAGUGAGGCUGCCCCUGUUUCCAUCUCCAUGGGAGACACAGCUGCAUCUGAAGAUGAUCAAACUUUGGCUGAGGACUAUCUGGAGCGCUUCUUCUCAGAUGUCGGGACUUCAAAUGGAACUAUCAUGAGGAGUGUGACAGAAAAUGCUUCUUUCAAAGACAACCUGGAGGCGAUGCAGUCUUUCUUUGGCCUGGAAGUGACAGGCACACUGGAUAAGAACACCAUUGAGGUGAUGAAGGCGCCCAGAUGUGGUGUCUCUGAUAUCAGCAGAUACGGGCACUUUGCUGGACGCCCAAAGUGGGAGAAGAAACGAAUUACCUACAGGAUAACUAUUUACACCCGUGAUCUGAGUCAGAGAGAGGUGGACUACACCAUUGGCCAGGCCUUCAAACUGUACAGUGAUAUCAUUCCUCUGGACUUCAAACAGAUCACCAGUGGCACUGCUGACAUCAUGAUCCUCUUUAAAGGCGGAUAUCAUGGGGACUUUUGGCCUUUUGAUGGUAGUGGAGGUGUCCUGGCUCACGCCAGCUCUCCUGGUCAGGGUGAAGGUGGCGACACCCAUUUUGAUGAUGAUGAGACCUGGACCCUGACAUCUCAAGGAGUGAACCUGCUUUUGGUGGCAGCUCAUGAGUUUGGUCAUGCACUGGGACUGGACCACUCCAGGGACAGAAGUGCCCUCAUGUACCCCACCUACCAAUAUGUCAACACUAAUGGAUACAAGCUGCCUGACGAUGACCGGCUAGGAGUUCAGAAUUUGUAUGGUGUACGGAAAGGUACCGCUCCAGACCCUACACCCCCUCCUCCUAAACCAAAGCCAGAGCCUGAGCCUGAGCCUGAGCCAGAGCCUGAGCCUGGGCCCAACCCCAAAGAUGAACAGUGCAGCCGCAGUCUAGUGUUUGAUGCUGCCACCUCCAUCUUUGGCGAUCUCUAUUUUUUCAAGAAUGGAUAUUAUUGGAGGAAAAGUACAAUGUUUAGAGGAAUUCCUUUAAUCAAAGUGCAAACAACAUGGCCACAGAUCACUUAUGUGGAUGCAGCUUGUGAAGUUCCUUUCAAGGCAGUAUACCUCUUCCAAGGCAACAAAUUCUGGAAAAUAAACCCGCAAGACAAAACCAUUUUGCCAGGUUAUCCAAAAACAUUAAGCAGCUUGGGCUUCGCCUCAAGUGUGGACAAGAUAGAUGCUGCACUGUACGAGCCCCUCACAAAGACCAUUUUCUUUUAUAAAGGAGCACAGUAUUGGAGCUAUAAUCCCAGUAUAGAACAAAUGUACAAAGGAUACCCAAGGGCUUUAUCUGUGGGCUUCCCUGGAAUUGGUAACAAAGUGGACGCAGCAUUUGAAAAUUACGGUUACCUUUACUUCUCCAACGGCGCGAGGCAAGUGGAGUACAACUACCGCUACUUGACAGUGCAGCGCACCCUUCUCAACUAUGGGUGGCUCAACUGCUACUAGUAGUAGACCCCACCACAUGACAAAACAUCACAUAAUACAUCCAGCAGCUUGUAAAUACCUUUGCACUUACUGAUACAUAAUGUACUUUUUUGUUACAUAACCAGUUAGCUCUACAAACAUGAUUGUGUGGUUUCUGUGAAGCAAUCAGGAGGAGAUGCAGAUCCGUCCUGUCCAAGAGAAAAAGUCAAAAUGUUUGAAAACACUGGACAAGAUGCAACCAGAAUUCUGGAGAUUUCUCCAAUUCCCUUCAAUUCUGUAGUAAUACCAGCGAUCCUUGAUUACUAACCCCUCUGGUAGUACCAUGUUGCAGUUAUAACUUUGAUCUCCAAAAAGCUCAUGUACAGGGAAAAUAAAUAUUUGUCUUGUCUAUGCUAUAAGAUCAUGUCUGCCAAAUAAACAGUACAGCCUUUCCAGCUA